CGGAUGUCUUUCCUGACAGCUGUGAUUGGUUGAUACGAAAAUACCGAAAGUCACAUUCUGCUUGGAACUCAGUGUGGACCACUCAGACUGUGCGAGUUGGUACAAUGGAACAGAUUUUGUGCGAUGUCCACGGCAGCUUGUGUAUGCUCAAAACGGGUGUGAAAGAUGGACCAACUAAAGGCAAAAGCUUCUACGUCUGUGUUGACAAGCAAGGCUGUGACUUCAGCCAGAUAUCAAGCACCUCAGCAUCUCACUGCCUCCAUCAUGAAGAUUCAAUGGUGGAACUACAAGCUCUCACAUACAAUCCACAGCAGCAGAGCCACAAGUUGUUCUACAGGUGUGUUGUGGGUAAAAAAGCAGGCCAGAGGUGGUGUGGAAACGUGCCUUGGAGCGCGCCAGAGAAAGAAAACAAAAACCCUCGAUCAGACACCCUGAAACCAUCCUCCUGCCUCCCGCCUGUCAGAAACCCCUUUAAAGCCUCUGAAAGGACAGACAAGGACUCUGAGUGGAGGAAGUUACAGUCUGGUGGAGGCAAUGAGGAAAGAAAAGAGAAGAAAGAGAAGGAGCCAAACCAUAAGGCCAAAGGAGGAGACAAUCAUCAGAAAGAGAAAGAGGAGAGUGCAGCUGCAGGCAGGAAAGAGAAGGAGGAAGGGAAGCUAGAUUCCUCAGAUACGUACAGAGGUAAAGAACUUCCAGCGGGGAUGAAGAUAAAGAAGAGAGUUUCAGAUGAGGAGAGACGCAGUCCGGCUGCAGAGAGAUCAGAAAACAUGACAGAGAAGGUUCAAGACAAGAAGUCAGAAAAUCCCACAGAGCAGGGAGGUAAAACAAAUCCCACUUCCAUCGUGAAGAGUGUUCCUCCUGAGAAAACAAAUCAAACCACGCAAGCUCCUCUCAAGGACUCACUCCAGAAAACUAAAGAUGGAGAAAAGUGCCAGCUGAAAGAAGCAAAACCUACUGUCAAAGACAGUUCCUGUAAACCUGCCUCCAGUACCAGCACCCAGGCUUUUAGAGACCCUGAUAAAACCAGGAGCCCAACACCUGAGGAAACAUCACCACCAGAGUCCAGUCUAAACAAAAACCAACAAGAAAAGGAUGAUGAUGAUGAUGAUGAUGAUGAUGAUGAUGUAGUGGUGGUGUCUGUGAAACCUGCUCCACAAAAAAAUCCUGUGUCUGGCAUCCAAAAGACCCUGACUGCCUACCCAGGAUUCAACAAGAAGCAAGAAGAUCCCCAAGGCCUGCGCGGCCUCCUCACUGCUCAGCUACAACAGAAGAAGGCCACUCUGUCUGUGGUGAACGUGGCAGCUCUCCCAGAUAAAGGCGAGAGGUUGAGGACUCAGGUCAAAGAGCUGGAGGAUGCCCUGGAUUCUCUGAGCCUCACUGCUGCUUCUCAGCCUGAAUCACUCUCAGGACCCCAGGGUGCAAGUACCAGCAGCGAUGCUCGUGCAGGAAGCAGCCAGGUGAACCCAUUCAGCCGGCAAGGAGGCACCAUUCUGCUCCCUGCUCCUCCAGCCCCGGGCCUCUUCCUGCAGCAGGCCUCCGGCAGCUCCCUGGGGCUCCAGCUGAGCCAAGGAUACACCCAUGGCAUGCAUGGAGACAACUCAGCAGCACAGGCUUUUUAUGGCGGGAGGAUGACGGAGGGUCGUCUGCUGGCUGUGAAAAACGCCACCUGUGAGGCCAUCGACCAUCUUCACAAAUCUCUGGAGUCCUGCCCGGACCCCGAGGCCGAAACCCCUGACCCCAGGGGAAUCAAGGUGAAACUCCUGGCUCAUCAGAGACGAGCUUUGGCCUGGCUGCUCUGGAGAGAAACUCAGAAUCCCUGUGGAGGAAUCCUGGCGGAUGACAUGGGUCUGGGUAAAACCCUCACUAUGAUUUCUCUCCUACUGGCCAAGAAGAAAAAGGAAAAAGAAGAAGAUGAGAAGAAGGAAGAAGAAGAGAAGAAGCCAGAGGGCUGGAUCUCUAAAGCUGACUCGAGCGUCGUGGUUUCUAAAAGCACUCUGAUCAUCUGCCCUGCCUCUCUGAUCCACCACUGGAAGAGAGAGGUUGACAGACAUGUGAAGAGUGGAAGGCUGACGGUGUACCUGUACCACGGCCCCAACCGAGAGAAGAGGGCUAAAGUGCUGGCAGAUCACGAUGUGGUGGUGACCACCUACGGUCUAGUCUCUAAGGAGAUCCCGGUCCAGAAGGAUGAGGCUGAGAAACCCAGCAAAGAUGAAGAUGUGGUGCCGCCACACUCCACCCCUCUCCUGCGAGUGAAAUGGGCACGGAUUAUUCUAGACGAAGCCCACAACAUCAAAAACCCCAAAGUGCAAACCUCCAUGGCCGUCUGUCAGCUGAGAGCUGGAGCACGCUGGGCUGUGACCGGCACACCCAUCCAGAACAACCUGCUGGACAUGUACUCCCUGCUCAAGUUUCUGCGUUGUGCUCCUUUCGAUGAGUACAAACUGUGGAAGUCUCAGGUCGAUAACGGCUCCAAGAGAGGCAGAGAGAGACUCAACAUCCUGACGAGGACUCUGCUGCUCAGACGCACCAAGGACCAGAAGGACUCUUCAGGACAACCACUGGUGUCUCUCCCGGACCGGACCUGUGAGGUGCAUCAACUCAAACUCUCCAAGGAUGAGCAGUCAGUGUAUGACGUGGUGUUUGCCCAAUCCAGAUCCACUCUGCAGAACUACCUGAAGAGACAUGAAGGAAACGACUUGAAGAAAGGAAACGCCUCUGGUCCCAACCCGUUUGACAAAGUGGCCCAGGAGUUUGGUAUGUCCCAGUCUGACGCUGUUCUGCCAAAUUCCCAGCAGCCCCAGCAGGCGUCCAGCACAGUCCACAUCUUGUCCCUGCUGCUGCGCCUGCGACAGUGCUGCUGUCACCUGUCCCUCCUGAAGAAGACUCUUGACUCCACAGAGCUGCAGGGUGACGGGAUAGUCUUGUCUCUGGAGGAGCAGCUCAACGCUCUGUCGCUCUCAUCCAGCCCGUCGCCAUCAUGUCCCGACCCCAAAGACACCGUGGCUCUUAACGGCACCCGCUUCUCCUCACAGCUGUUUGAGGACACCAGUGAGAGCUCCAAGAUUUCUGCGAUCAUUUCUGAGCUGAAGCAGAUCAAACAGAACGGUGCUGAUCAGAAAAGCGUGAUUGUGUCCCAGUGGACCAGCAUGCUGUCCAUUGUGGCGGUUCACCUGCAGCGGAUGGGUCUGAGAUACGGAGUUAUCGACGGAACCGUCAACCCUAAACGCCGCAUGGACCUGGUGGAGGAAUUCAACACGAACCCUAAAGGACCUCAAGUGAUGCUGGUUUCUCUUUGUGCUGGAGGAGUUGGACUCAAUCUGAUCGGAGGGAAUCAUCUCUUCCUCAUUGACAUGCACUGGAACCCAGCUCUGGAGGAUCAGGCCUGUGACCGGAUCUACAGAGUGGGACAAACUAAAGACGUCACCAUCCACAGAUUUGUGUGUGAAGGCACCGUGGAGGAGAAGAUUUCAACACUGCAGGAGAAGAAGAAGGAGCUAGCCCAGAAUGUGCUCUCAGGAACAGGAACCACUGUCACUAAACUCUCCCUGGCUGACCUCAGAAUCAUUUUUGGCGUCUGAGACAGAGAAGAGUUCAAACCACAGCAACGCCAGACAGCUGCUAAUUCAUACAUUCAAUAUUUAGGUCAUAAGGCUACAACUUAGAGCGUGUUAUACUUUAAAUAAGGUUCCUACACUUGAAACAUGUUUAUGCACGCUAAAAUCUGCAAAUUAAGUUUAAGUGCACAGUCCUUUUGUGUGUGUCCAAAUACUACAAUAUAUGUAGUAGUUUUUAAGACAUUUUUUAUGUAUGCAUGAAUAUUUUGAGCUCUUAUUUUAUUGAAUCACAAGGACACACUAAAGACAGGAUUUUAUUCUGUAAAAGUCACUCUAGUGUUCCUUUUUAUUUGUGUCUGCUGCUUUUACUAUCUUAAUUUCAAGUAUCUUUUAAGAAUACUGUGCUGUUCAAUGUUAUUUUGUCUUAAUAAAUGUAGUUGCUUAAAGCUA